AUGGGAAUUUGUAAAUCAAAAACAAAAAAUCAAAUAGACACAAAAUUAUAAGGGUCCUUUGCAAAAGUUAUCAAUAAAGGACCUGAGAAGAAUGAUAUUGAAGCUUUAAUAAGAGAAAAAACUUAAUCUUAAGAAUUAUAUAAUCCAUACAGAAAUCCAAUUCUUAAUAGAAGGCUUAAAUAGACUCCAGCCUGA